AUGGGUAGGUCGGGCACCCCAGAAUUGUCUGGCAAAUUGACAAAGUUGGAGCUGGAUAAUUGUUUCUUUAAGCCACCACUUGAGUUUGAAGGAUUUCUCAAUCUUGAAGAACUUCUUCAGAAGGAUAUUGAUUUUGGGGCUAGCUUGUGUGGCACUAAGGUCAACCUACCACAACUUAAGAAGUUGUCCCUGCUUGUGUGCACAAAUGUCUGCAAUUUCAACAUUAAGGCUACAAAACUGCAGAAUUUGUCUGCAUAUGCUUGCCCUGGUGCCAUGUCGCUUCGGUUAUUGGACAGUCCAUGCCUUUCUGUGGCUAUAAUUGCUUUCGAGAAACCCAUAGAAGAUUUUGUACGAGUUGGCAAAAUGAAUUUCGCCACAAUGUUGAGUAACUUGUCAAGAGUUCAAUACUUUUAUAUCGACAGGCAUUUUCUCAAGAUUCCAAAAUUACUUCCACGUGCGAUAAGUAGUUUAAGGUGUCUGUGGUUGAUGGAUUUUCAAGUUGGUGAUGUGGAUCUACUUCAUGCUGCUCUUUGUUUGCUUCGAAACUCACCGAAUCUAGAAGAACUGUCUGCUAUGCACCCUGAGAUGGAGCCUCGAAUUGAUGUGGGACCUGCUUCAAAUCACUUGGUAUCCCCAAACUGCUUGGACUGUACAUUGAAUCGAUUGCAAACUGUGAAUAUAAAAUGUUUUGAAGGAUCAAAACCGGAACUUCUUUUUAUAAAGCUUCUUCUUGCUCAUUCUCCUUCUCUUGACAAGUUGAACAUCACACCAAGUGAGAAAACAGAUGCUCAAAAAAGAUUUGACAUUGCUAAAGAUGUGAUCCAGUUCCCUGGAGCCUCACCAAAAGAAAAAAUGUUCUACUUGAUCCCAAAGACAUAA